AUGAGCGGUGAAAGUAGUCGAAAGAUGCAGAGAAGAGAAGGCUUUAACAUGUUUGUCAAGGGGCUAAUAUGCAUUGCAGUUGUUCCUCUGUUAACCACAGUGUGUAUGGGAGGUGAGUUAAGUGAAUCCCAAUCUUUGCUUAGCUUCAUUAGAUCAGUUGAUCCACAAAUGAAACUAGGAGCUUACCUAUGGAAUGAGUUUUCAAAAAGUCCCUGCUUGGUUAAAUCUGAAGUUGUGAAGUGCAAUCUGCAGGGUACCUCCAUAAUAGAAAUAAGGCUUGAAAGCUUGAAUCUCAGUGGGGUAAUCAAUGCAGAUGCCCUUUGUAAGCUCCAAAGCCUUGAAGUUCUUAGCUUAGCGAGGAACCAAAUACAUGGGACGAUACCUCGGUCAGUAUCGUACUGCAAAAGGUUGAGGUAUCUAAACUUAAGCAGCAAUUCUUUAAGUGGGAGAGUUUCAUGGAGUACUCUAACCAAGUUGAAAUAUCUCAAGAGCUUGGACAUCUCCAACAAUCAUUUCACUAACCGAGAAUUCGAGCUCGUUUAUAAGUAUAGUCAGUUAAAUGCAACCGUUCAGAAUGAAAAUGUUGCAGGAACACCAACAGAGUCUAAUAAUAACAAGUCAAACACACUAUUGUGGACUUUCGUACCUUUAUUUCUUGGCCUUGGGUUCUUCUUUAUGUUCUUAUAUUGUAUGGGCAAGGUACUAGGUAAAAGAAGUAAAGCUAAUGAGAUUCCAAGGGCUAUCAAAGAAUCUCCUCUCAAACAUGUUCCAGUCAAUGCAAUACAAGAACUGAAGCCUGAGGGUAGACAUCAAGAGCUUGUGUUCUUUGUUGAAGACCAUGAAAGAUUUAAGCUAGAUGAUCUACUAGAUGCCUCAGCUAAUUUACGAAGCCAAAGCCUUUAUACCAGCCUUUACAAGGUAAUACUUAAGAACAAUGCUACUUAUGCUGUCAAAAGAUUGAAGAAAUUGCAGGUUUCUUUUAAAGAGUUUGAGCAAACAAUGAGGCGGAUAGGGAACUUGAAGCAUCGAAACAUUCUUCCUCUUGUCGGAUAUCGUUGUACCAACACAGAGAAACUUCUUUUCUACAAGUACCAGAGCAAUGGAAGCCUACUAAGCUUGCUACGAGGCUACAUUGAGGGUAAAAAAGAAUUUCCAUGGAGACUUAGGCUGACAAUAGCAACUGGAAUUGCAAGGGGAUUGGCAUUCAUAUACCAGAGUUCCAAUGACCAGGACAGCAUUCCUCAUGGAAAUCUAAAGCUAUCAAAUAUAUUGUUGGGUGAAAACAUGGAACCAUUAAUAAGUGAAUACGGGAUCUCAAGGCUUUUAGACCCUAAAAAGAAUUGCCUCGUCCCCUCCAACGGUUACAUGGCACCGGAGAAGAGUUUAUCGGAACAAGGCGAUGUCUUCAGCUUCGGGAUUAUCCUACUGGAGUUACUAACCGGAAAAACCGUGGAAAAAACCGGGGUAGACCUUCCUAAGUGGGUGGGGUCAAUGGUGAGGGAAGAAUGGACAGGAGAGGUGUUUGGCAAGGAUGUCACCAAAGAUGCAAUGCAGUGGGCAUUUCCUUUGCUAAAUAUUGCUCUUAAGUGUGUCUCACAUUCACCAAAAGAUAGACUAACUACAGCUGAGGUUUUGCAGAAGAUAGAUGAGGCUUUGUUUGCGCACGAAGAUCGUACGGUCUCCUCUAUGUCUUCAUGGGAAUCUGGUCCCCGUGAUUGUUGUAUGCUGCAUAGUGUCAUACCUGAGACUUGGGACACUCCAGGAUCAAAUUAUUAG